AUAUUGUUCGUUAGGUAUCGUAGGCAAAAAUGCUAAGAAGAUGUAACUAAUUUAGUUGGAAGUUGGAAUUUCAUACGAAAUCUCUCAAGAAAUUAUUCGUGUGUUUUUUUUGAUUUGGCAUUAUCAAUAGUGUGAAUAUACCUAAUGCAAAGAAAAAUUGAUUUGUGUGCUCAUCUUUUCAAAUUGAACAAUUCAUUCCGUAAAGUUUGGUCAAGAUCAGAGCGACAAUUUCAACGAAUAACAUUGGAGACUUGUCGAGUGAACUUGCAACGUAGAUCUUUAUUCGUUCAGAUGCAACAAUUCAGCAACAACCCGAAUCACCCCUUCAAACCCGCAAUGGAUUACCCGACGAUCAUUCUGGACAACCUGGAUAGAUUUAUAUCAAACGUCGAUGAUCAGCAGAACGUAGAAGAAGGUAUCCAAAAAUGCACGCAGUCGUUCCAAAAAAUCCUACAGCUAUUGAACCUAUCGCAGAUCGAAUAUGUCGAAGUGCCCAACAUUUUAAACAAAAUGAGCGAGAUGAUGACUAAAGCUCGGUCCAUUCCAACCCUCGGAUACGAACUUGAAACCUGUAUUUGUAAAAUUAUGCGCGAAUGUCAAGGAUUGUCGUAUUUGAUUUCCAAUUGUGAUUCGAACAAUGACGCCGUUAUAUUCUCCAGCGCCAAGUUACUGGGACAAUGCUUAACACCGGAGAAUCGAGCUUAUGUGGUUGAGCAUGGUUUGGAAAAGGUCGUUCGAGGGGUUUGCGGUACUACGAGGAAUCGGUUAUCGGUGGAGCAGUCGAGAGUUCGGACAGGUAUACUCGAACAUUUAUUCAAACACAGCGACAGUACCUGCGAAGAGAUCUUACGUUUCGGUGGCUUACAAGCUGUCAUCGAAGAUUGCCGGAGAAACGACGUUGAAAUUUUGAGAAAUUGCGCCAAAGCAUUAACCAAUUUCAGUUUAUACGGCCGAAGCCGUGAAAUUCAAAAGGCGAUAAUCCACCAUAACGUGACACUUUGGCUGUUUUCGUUAGCUUUCAACGACGACGACAUUGUGAAAUACUACGCGUGCUUGGCCACUUGCAUUCUUGCAGCUGACAGAAAACUUUUAGCGAACGUUUUGAGGUCCGGUACUUUGGAACUUGUCGAAUUGUUCUUAAUCAAUCACGACCCAGCCGAAUUUAUCGUAUCAAACCGGUCUCACAUCCUCAGCCAAAGUAAAAAUUGGCUAUCGCGGUUAACUCCAGUGUUGAAUUCAACGAGAGCAGAGGCUGUAGAUUUGGCUGCGUUUCAUUUCUUGCUGGAAGCCAGCAUCGGCCAACUGGAAGAAAAUAUUGAAGUUUUUCGAGAAAUAGGAGCGAUGGACGUACUGAACAAAAUUGGAUCGGCUCCAUCUUUGGGUGCGAAAUUUGCUGCUCGAGUGUUGAGAUUGUUUGGUGAAAAGGUACCGGCGAAGCUGUCCAAGCAAGCUCAUUUGUGGUCUGUCAAUGAAGUGCAGCAAUGGGUAUCGCAUAUUGGAUUCUCUCAAUACCGGAAGAAUUUCCGUGAAGUUGGUGUAGAUGGGGAUCUGCUUUUAAGGGAAGUAAAUGAAAAAACGCUGACAGAGGAUUUAAACAUUAAAAACGGACUACAUAGACUGCGGUUCCUGAGAGAAUUGAAAAAUCUCAAAAAAUACAUUGACUACGGGAGUCUGGACGAGGAUGACCUCAACGGAUUCCUCAGAGGCAUUAACGCUGAGUAUAGCGUAUAUACAUACGCUAUGCUCAGCGCAGGAGUGCGUAGGAGAUUAUUGAUGAACGUAACGGAAGAAUUUCUUCGAACCGAAUGCAAGAUCGAGAAUUCGAUUCAUGUUUCGCAAAUUCUGAACGCCAUCGCAGAUACUCUACCAGCCAGAUAUGGGCAAUGUAAUCGUAAGUUUUCGUCAAUGUCUGCGGAAGAGAUAUUCUCACGAAUGUCUACUCUAAUCGAUCGGAAAUUGCAGCCGAUUGUCACGUCGAUCAAGGCAGUAAAUGAUAAGCUGGAUGCCAUGGAUAGCAGUAGUGAUGAUGAUGAUGAUGAUGAUCUGGACUAAAUGCUUAUUAAAACUUCCGCUCGAACCUCCUCGCCAUCAUCUCACACACAAAAAAUCCACAGCUAUUCACCGUCGAAUUUAUUGGGAAUGUACGUCCAGACUCAUUUUCGCUGAAGAAAUACUGUUCUGUUGCCUGAAUGCACGAAACUGAUUGAACUCAUCAGCAACACCUGUAUCAACGCCUGGUACCUAUUUUAAUAUUUUGGAUACCUACCUAGUUUCUUUUUUAGUACAUUUUAUCAGUUUUAUAUGACUCCAAUAUUUUGUAUAAAGUCUUUUUUACUCUCAUUUAGGAUUUUUGUGUGAAUGUUUUUCUUUUUAAAUCUACUGUACAUACUCUACUAGACUAUCUUCGAGAUAUUUUUAUCUAUAAUUAUUCUUCCCUAAUCAUUUUGUUAUCCUUAUCCCUUAUCAUAACUUAAUGUUUAUUUAUAAUCACACUCUCCCCUCGGAUAGAUACAUGAUGAGAUAGGUACGUUGUUGAGGUAAACACUGCUGCUCUCUUAUUGGCCUUUUUUUAGUUUCCACAACCCUGGUAUUUUUUUUUCGUGUCAUUAAUUUUUUGAAUGAAUUUGUUACUCAUUUCAUUCACUCUACUUGCAUUUACAAUUUCUAUCCCCGGCGAUUUUAAGAAAUUGUUCUGAAAAUUUAUUGUGGUCUGUGAUGUCCUUAGAUUAAUUUUCUUAUUUAGGUGUUGUAAAUAAUUAAGAUGUAAAUAUUUUUGAAUAUUUUUUUCCCAUGUUUUACAAUUUUAUAAUUCACUGUGUUUCAGCACAGUGCCUAGUAAAUUUUUCCAUAGGUACAUUACAAAAUGUUACGUGUGUUUGAUGAUGUCAUA